CGCAAGCUUCAUGGACCAACUUCAACAUCGCCAUGACAGCUCACCACCAUGGCUCCUCAACCGGAGUUUGACACAGAGCAGAUCAGAGACAAGGCGCGGAGGGAUCUGCUUCAUCUCCUCGAAGGAGUUCGUGGAAAGAAGAACCUCGUCAUUGAGGAGAAGCUCGCCGGCCCGCUCGGUGUGAUAGUCAAGGCCUCGACUUUACGUGAAUACGAUGUCGACAAGAUCUUCUUUCUUGAGAACAAGAACACGGAUACCAGCAACCGCAAUGUCGUCUUCAUUGCCCGCGGCGAGUCUGCCCGCAACGCUCAUGCGAUAGCCGACCAGAUUACUCGCCUUCAGCGAGAGGCGCAGACCCCGCUCGAAUUCCAUGUGUUCUGGGUGCCUCGGCGGACGUUACUUUCUGACAAGAUCUUGGAGGAAGCUGGAGUCUUGGGAGACACCAAUGUCACCGAACUCCCGCUCUACUUCUUUCCCCUGGAUAAAGAUGUCUUGUCCCUAGAGCUUGACGAUUCGUUCCGCGACCUUUAUUUGGCCAAAGACCCCACGCCCGUUUUCCUGCUCGCCCGCGCCUUGAUGGGCAUCCAACAAAAGCAUGGACUGUUUCCUCGUAUUGUCGGCAAAGGCGAUAAUGCCAAAAGAGUUUCAGAUCUUCUUUUGCGCAUGAGACAAGAGUUACUCGCCGGCGAAGAUGUUGGCGAGGCCGGCAAGGUUGGGCUCAGCCCCAGCACAACAACUGAAAGCAUCAUCAUUAUCGACCGAGAAGUCGAUUUUGUUACACCUCUUCUCACCCAGCUCACUUACGAGGGGUUGAUCGACGAACUGUUUGGCAUUCAAAAUAACCAAACCGAUGUUGAUUCGACGAUAGUUGGCGCAGCACCACAGCCUGGACCUCAAGCCGGAUCGACGACAGCCCCGACGGCAACAGAUGGGCAGACGAGAAAGCGCAAGAUACAGCUGGACGGCUCUGACAAGUUGUUUGCGCAGCUUCGCGACACCAAUUUCGCCGUCGUAGGCACUCAGUUGCACAAAAUAGCCCGACGACUCCAAAGCGAUUUUGAUAGCAGACACAGUUCAAAGACGACAGCGGAGCUUAGGGAAUUCGUGCAAAAGCUACCCGGAUAUCAGGCAGAGCAACAGAGCUUGAAGAUACACACGGGCCUUACAGAAGAAAUCAUGAAGUAUACGCAGACUGAGCUCUUUACGAAGCUCCUUGAGGUGCAGCAGAAUCUGGCAGCAGGAGCGGAUCCAUCUUCGCAAUUUGAUGCCAUUGAGGAGCUCAUAGCGCGGGACACACCAUUGCCUCAAGUUUUGAGACUGAUGUGUGUUUACUCUUGCAUCUCGGGGGGCAUCAAGAGCAAAGAGCUGGACCACUUUCGGCGACUUAUACUUCAAGGGUAUGGAUAUCAGCAUCUGCUAACCCUCCAUAAGCUAGAGCGGCUCCAGAUGUUUUUAUCCAGGUCAUCCCCUCUGGCAUCCAUGAUUCCCAUGACAGGCUCUGCAGGUGCGACUGGAAAUAAAACCAACUACACAUAUCUCCGCAAGCAGCUCCGGCUCAUUGUGGACGAGGUCAACGAAGAAGACCCCAACGAUAUUGCCUACGUCUAUAGCGGCUACGCCCCUUUAUCGGUUCGACUUGUCCAAUGCAUUCUCCAGAAACAAUAUCUACUUUCCCUCACAAGAGGGAACGGGGUGACGAGUGCGGCUGGACCGGCUGGAAGUGGAGCACAGGGAUGGCGUGGAUUCGACGACGCUGUCAAGCAUGCUCGAGGCCAGACGUUCGACGAGGUCCAAAAGGGCGAGGAUAAGGCUGUCAAGGCCAGGGCGUUAUUAUCGGGAGGUGGUGAACAAAAGACGGUCUUUGUGGUGUUCGUGGGCGGCAUCAGUUUCACUGAGAUUGCAGCACUGCGGUUUAUUGCAAAGCAGGAAGAAGGCAAGUCGGACCAUAUACCCGACACGUAG